AUGGAGUUCGUCGACGUCUCGCAGCUGUUGCUCCUCCUGUCGUGCAUUCUCUGCCUCAUCGCUAGUGCAGCGGUCAAGCCUCAAGCCGUCUGUCCGAGCGCAAAGGUACUGAUUCCAUCGUCGUCCAGUGGAGGUGGAGCCACGGUUGCCUUGAACCACAGGCACGGCCCGUGCUCGCCGCUUCCCACAAAGGAGGCGCCUACGUUGGAGGAUCUGCUCCGCCGCGACAAGGUUCGAGCCGCCUACGUCCAGCGCCGCCUCGGCGGUAUCCAGCAAUCGGAGGUCAGCGUGCCGACUGAACUGGGAUACACCGUGGGCACCCUGGAGUAUCUGAUCACCGUCGGCCUCGGCUCCCCGGCGGUUCAGCAGACCGUGAUUGUGGACACAGCCAGCGACGUGUCAUGGGUGCACUGGCGCACCUCGGGCGGCUACGACCCCAGCAAGUCGACCACCUACGCGGCGAUCUCCUGCAGCUCCGCGGAAUGCUCGCAGCUCGGCGAGGCGGGAAACGGCUGCAUGAGCUCCGACUGCCAGUACGUGGUGCAUUACAGCGACGGGUCGAGCACCGCCGGGACAUACGGCUCCGACACGCUGGCGCUAGCGGGCUCGGGCUCGGGCUCGGCGACAGUCGUCAGCAACUUCCAGUUUGGGUGCAGCCGUGACGAGACGGGGUUCGAUGACCUAACCGACGGGCUCAUGGGCCUCUCCGGCUUCCUGACUCUCGGCGCGCCCAGCAACACGUCGGGAUUCGCGACGACGCGGAUGGUAGGAUCCGAAGCGGAGGCGACGUUCUACUUCGUCGUCCUCCAGGGCAUAAUCGUGGCCGGAAAUCAACUCAGUCUACCACCCACCGUCUUCUCCGCCGGGACGUUCAUGGACUCCGGCACCGUCGUCACGCGGCUACCACCAACGGCGUACCAGGCCCUCUCGUCGGCGUUCAAGGCCAACAUGACGCAGUACCCUGCUGCGCCGCCGAGGAGCCUCAUGGACACGUGCUUUGACUUGGCUGGCCAGGAGAAAGUCAUGAUACCGUCCGUCGCGCUGGUAUUCGACGGGGGCGCUGUUGUCUACCUCGAUGCCAACGGUAUCAUGCUGGAGAACUGCCUCGCGUUCGCGCCUAUAGACGAUGACGGCAUGCACGACAUUAUCGGCAAUGUGCAGCAGCGUACCUUUGAGGUGCUCUACGGUGUCGGCCAGGGUGUCGUCGGGUUCAGGCCCAACGCGUGCUGA